GGCGGCGGCAAUUGGCAAACGAAACGCCGUCAGCCACAUAAAACUAAAUCUAAAAUGGCCGACUGUUCUUAGUAUUGUAUGAUACUUAGUUUUUAAGUGUGUUGUUAGACUUUUGCAACUUUUCCUUUUCUUGAGGCAAUUGUUGUGACAAUAACAAUUUAAAAUAAAAAAAAUCCAUAACAAUAAUAUGGCUGCUGACCUUGAUCAAGAAAAAUCAUCAAAUUCAACUUCAAAUACAUGCUUAAUUUGUGAUGGUAGUACUGGUGUGUCAGCUCGAAAUGCUAUAUCAAUAUUUCAACAUCGUGUGACAUCUUCAGAUCGUACUGUUGUUAAAGUUAUAGAUGGUGUUCUUGGUGUAACACUGUCAUCCGAUGAUGUUCAUUCCAUUGUAGUUUGUCGAAGAUGUUUUAAAUCUUUAAAUGAAGUCGAUGAACUUGAAGAUAGGCUUGCAGAUAUUAAACUAGAACUUACCACUCAAUAUCAACGAACUCUCAAGAGUAAAUCAGAAGGUGUAGAUGUUCAAACUAUUGAAACAAUAGAUGUUGAACAAGAAGUUGAUACUCCUAAACCUGUUAAAAAACGUGGUCGACGUCCCAAAAUUAAAGAAGAAUCUGUUGAUGUAUCUGUUACUAACCCUGAUUCUGUUCCAGAUGAAAUUAUUAGCUCAAAUUUAGAAAAACAUAAAAAUUCUUCUGUAGAAAAUUUAAUAGAAAUGUUAGAGGAUGACGAUAAGAAUAAUGAGGAAUCACCAAGUAAUGGCUUAGAGGAAGAUAGUUCUCAAAAAAUGAUAUCACCUAGAGAUAUUAAACAAGAAGCUAUUCAUUCAGAGUUAGAAAACCUUGAUGACGAAGAGCUAGAUAAUGAGUUACUUGAUGAAGAGGACUCUGAUUAUGAAGAAAAUGGAGAAAACAAAAAUAGUAGCUCAACUAGUCCAAAAAAACCUAAAAUAUCUAAAAAUGCAAUAAAAAAAAAAGCUCCUGAAAUUCUUAUACCACAAAUGUUGGUACAUCAUGAUGGGGAAGUUUACACGUGUUUGUUGUGUAGUGUUGAAAACAAAUUUACUGCUGAUGCAAGAGGUAUUGUUGUGCACGCAAAAAAUGUUCAUCAAAUUAAGCUUUUCAUUUGUGAUAUUUGUGGACAAGAAUUUUUAAAGAGACCUGAAUUAAUGAAACAUUUAGAGCAUCAUGCAAAUAGUGAAGAUGGCAAUUUUGUUUGUGAUAUAUGCAGUAGAGUUUUUACGAAUGUACGCAUGUUUAGGGUACACAAAAAAAUGCAUAUGCCUCAAUCAAAAAACCAUACAUGUGAAACAUGUGGACGACAAUUUGCCUCUCGUAACACAUUAGAAGAGCAUAAUAAUACUCAUACUGGUGUUCGUCCUUACCGUUGUGAGAUAUGUGGUAAAGACUUUACUUCAAAAUAUACUUUCAAAGCUCAUGAAAAGGUUCAUACUAAUCGUGAACGAAAUUUUACCUGUAUCAAUUGUGGAAAAGCCUUUCUUACUGAACAAAAUCUUAUUCAUCAUGAAAGAACACAUUCUGGACUUAAAAAUUAUGUAUGUCAAAAAUGUGGUAAAGCAUUUGGAACUGCACGAAAUUUAGAAGUUCAUUAUGUAGUACACACUGGCUACAAACCAUUUAUUUGUCGGAUGUGUGGCAAAGCUUUUGCUAGGAAAGCAGAAAUAAGAGACCAUGAACGUAUUCAUACAGGAGAAAAGCCAUACCAGUGUGAAUUUUGUGGUGCUACUUUUAGUCAAAGAAGUAACUUGCAAUCUCAUAAACGUGCUACACAUUAUGAUGACAAACGUUAUAAAUGUACAGAUUGUGGAAAAGGAUUUAAAAGACGUCGUUUACUUGACUAUCACAUGAAAGCUGCUCAUACUGGUGAACGUCCAUUCAAAUGUGAAGUUUGUCAAGCUUCAUUUAUCUAUCCUGAACAUUUUAAAAAACAUGCUCGUAUUCACACUGGUGAAAAGCCUUACUUAUGUGAAGUCUGUGGUAAAGCAUUUAACAGUAGAGAUAAUAGAAAUGCACAUCGUUUUGUACAUAGUGAUAAAAAACCAUAUGAGUGUUUGGUUUGCGGUGCAGGAUUUAUGCGUAAACCAUUGUUGUACAACCACAUGACUCAAGCUGGCCAUUUAAAUGAUACUAUUGUUGUAAAUCAGCCUCGAUUAGCAUCUAGUCCAGUUACUAUACAAGAAAUUCAAGAAGAUAUACAAAUGCCUAAUAAUGAUUCUGAUAUGGAAUUAGCAAUGGUUGUUGAUUCAGAUGGAAAUCAAACAGCCUUGCGUGAUAUGACUGAAGAAGAAAGAAAAAUGUUUGCUGGAGAAUUGAAAGAGCACAUGCUAAUACCUAGCAAACAAGAGGAUCUGAACAAUGAUUUAAAUACUGUUGAACAAAUACUAGUUGAUAAUAAGUAUCAAAUUCAAUAUACUACUACUGAUCAACAUGGUGAUGUGCAUACUAUGUUAAAUAUGGAUCAUCAUACUGAUGAUACUGAAGUUGUAGAUGUUGGACAUAUGGAAACUGUUACAGUUAGUGUUGGUGGUCAAGAACACCGUCAAUUAAUAGUACCAGCUACCCGUCAUAUAACAUUAAAUGAGAGUGAUGCUGCCGCAUUUGAACAUGCAACCAUAAAUGGAGAAAAUGUACAAAUUGUACAGAUACAAAUACAAGAUGAAGAUGGUGAAGAUCAAAAACAUUGGUUUAAUAUCAUUCAACCACAACAAGGAUAAUUUUUUUUAGUAUAUCAUCCUUUUUGAUAUGUUAUCACAUGUGCAUUGACCAAUUUAAUUUAUUUUUACUUAAAACAAUUUCAUGUGCUUGACCUAAAAUAAUUUUACUUUUUAAGAAAAAUUACUAAAGUAGGUUAAUAAUGAACAUUAUAUCAUCCAUAAUUAUUAGUUUUGUCAUUAUUUUAUAAGGUAUAUUUUAGACUACAAACAUAUUUUUUACAAAUGAUUCAUCUUAUACUAUAAAUAAACAAUUUUAUAAAGUGCAUCCUAAUUUAAAUAUUAUUUCAUUGAAAUAAUUUUAAUUUUAUGCCAAUGGAGCUACACACCAUUAGCUCCAUUACCAGAAUUCUUAAUGUUGACAUUAAAAAUGGUAUUCAUUCAUAUUUUUAUGAUAUGAUAAUUAUAAUGUUGAAAACAAAUUUACUUAAGUUUGCUUAGUUCUUGACCAUUAAUUUAUUUAAAUUUUAGGUUUAUAAAAUAUUAAAUGUCCUAUGAUUUAUCGCAUGUCAAAAUUGUAUUUAUUUAUUUUAUUGAUUAUAUUCUUUUUUCAUAAUUAAUUAAUCAGUAAUAGGUGUUAAAUUUAUUAAUUUAUUUUAAAUGUAUUAAAGUUUAAAUGUGCUGAAAUAUAAUGCUUAAUUUAAUAAUUAA